AUGAGAAUAACUAUCUAUGGAGAAAACACAGCACAUCCGGACAUUGCAACUUCACUAACUAACCUGGGAACGUCUUGGAGUGAUCUCGGUGAUCACAAGAAAGCACUCAGCUACUAUGAACAGUCACUGUCCAUGAGAAAAACUAUCUAUGGAGAAAUCACGGCUCAUCCGGACAUCGCUGCGUCACUUGGCAACCUAGGAUCGUGUUGGUACCACCUCGGUGACAGCAAGAAAUCAAUCAGCUACUACGAACAGUCACUAUCGAUGUGGAAAACUAUUCAUGGAGACAACAAGGGACAUCCGGACAUUGCUUCUUCACUAAACAACCUGGGGUUGUCUUCGAGUGAUCUCGGUGAUCACAAGAAAGCACUCAGCUACCACGAACAGUCACUCUCCAUGAGAAAAUCCAUCUAUGGAGAAAACACAGCGCAUCCGGACAUCGCCGCGUCACUUGGCAACCUAGGAUCGUGUUGGUACUACCUCGGUGACCACAAAAAAGCAAUCAGCUACCACGAGCAGUCAGCUCAUACGUUUUCGCACAUUCAUUUGUUCCUUCACUAUUCUGCUUGGAACACGACAAUAGGAAUCGACACUACCACCACGGAGGUCAACAACAGAAGAACAAGUACUACAACAAAACGCCCGGAGACAACCGAUACUGCGGGUUCAAUAACAUCAACACAGAGAACUUUAUUCUCUUCAGCUACCUCGUCUACUAUAACAGAUAUAAUAGGUAAAACUACAACUAGAUCGACGACAUCUUUAGGUUCAACUAGAACUCCUACUCAGGGCACACAGAGGCAAACUGCAAUAUUUACUACUACAUCUAGUACAAAUGAAAGGACUACAGAACCAAGUGCUUCUACUUCUAUAAUUGAUAUCACUAGUAAAAGAACGUUAAGUACACAACAACAGUAUGGUACAACAACGGGAAGUUCAAGUACAAUAACGACAAAAUUAGAAGAUUCAACAGAAGCAACUACAGAUUUAGGUACGGCAAGCUCAUUUUCAACGACAAAGGGCACAACUCGUCAGAGUACAACCGAACCAAUCUCUACCUCCAGCGAAACUGUAUCAAAUUCCUUACCAACAACAGUAUCAAGUCCAGCUGAAACUACAAAUGGAGGCAUAACUCAGUUAACAACGUCAGUGAGAACAACUACCUUAUCUCAGAGUACAACUCAGCCAACCACAAUAGGUGUGACAACAGAAACUUUAGCCCGAAGUACAACUCAACCAACCACUUUUGGUGAGAAAACAACAACAUUAUCGCAAAGUACAGCUCAGCCAAUAACGUCGGUAGCAGAAACCACAAUCCUGUCCAAAAGUACAACUCACUCAUCCACUAAGAGUGAUAUAGCAACAACAUCAUCCCAAAGCACAACACAACCAACAACUACGGUUGAGAAAACAUCGACCUUGUCGCAAAUCACAACUCAGCCAACCACUACAGGUAGGGAAACAGCAACCUUGUCACAAACGAUAACUCAGCCAACAACUACAAGUGCGCAAACAACAACCUUGUCGCAAAGUACAACUCAGCCAACCACUACAAAUGAGAAAACAACAACCUUGUCGCAAAUCACAAAUCAGCCAACCACUACAGGUAGGGAAACAACAACUUUAUCGCAAAAUAUAACUCCGCCAACCACUACAAGUGCGCAAACAACAACCUUGUCACAAAGUACAAAUCAGCCAACCACUACAAGUGCGAAAACAACAACCUUGUCGCCAAGUACAACUCAGCCAACCACUACAAGCGCGCAAACAACAACCUCGUCGCAAAUCACAACUCAGCCGACCACUACAGGUAGGAAAACAACGACCUUGUCGCCAAGUACAAAUCAGCGAACCACUACAAGUGCGCAAACAACAACCUUGUCGCCAAGUACAACUCAGCCAACCACUACAAGCGCGCAAACAACAACCUCGUCGCAAAUCACAACUCAGCCGACCACUACAGGUAGGAACACAACGACCAUGUCGCCAAGUACAACUCAGCCAACCACUACAAGUGCGCAAACAACAACCUUGUCGCAAAUCACAACACAGCCAACAACUACAGGUGCAAAAACAUCAACCUUGUCGCAAAGUACAACUCAGCCAACCACUACAGGUGCGGAAACAACAACCUUGUCGGAGGGCACAACUCAGCCAACAACUACAAGUGCGGAAACAACAACCUUGUCACAAAGUACAAAUCAGCCAACCACUACAAGUGCGAAAACAACAACCUUGUCGCCAAGUACAACUCAGCCAACCACUACAAGCGCGCAAACAACAACCUCGUCGCAAAUCACAACUCAGCCGACCACUACAGGUAGGAAAACAACGACCUUGUCGCCAAGUACAAAUCAGCGAACCACUACAAGUGCGCAAACAACAACCUUGUCGCCAAGUACAACUCAGCCAACCACUACAAGCGCGCAAACAACAAUCUCGUCGCAAAUCACAACUCAGCCGACCACUACAGGUAGGAAAACAACGACCUUGUCGCCAAGUACAACUCAGCCAACCACUACAAGUGCGCAAACAACAACCUUGUCACAAAGCACAAACCAGCCAACCACUACAGGUAGAGAAACAACAACAUUGUCACAAAGCACAAACCAGCCAACCACUUCUGGUGCGGAAACAACAACCUUGUCGCAAAUCACAACACAGCCAACUACUACAGGUGCAAAAACAACAACCUUGUCGCAAAGCACAACUCAGCCAACCACUACAAGUGCGGAAACAACAACCUUGUCACAAAGUACAACUCAGCCAACCACUGCAGGUGCGGAAACAACAAUCUUGUCGGAAAGCACAACUCAGCCAACAACUACAGGUAGGGAAUCAACAAUCUUGUCGCAAAGUACAACUCAGCCAACAACUACAAACGCGGAAACAACAACCUUGUCGCAAAGUACAACUCAGCCAACAACUACAAGCGCGGAAACAACAACCUUGUCGCAAAGUACAACUCAGCCAACCACUACAGGUAGAGAAACAACAACCUUGUCACAAAGUACAGCUCAACCAACCACUACAAGCAGGGAAACAACAACCUUGUCGCAAAGUACAACUCAGCCAACCACUACAGGCAGAGAAACAACAACCGUGUCGCAAAGUACAACACAACCAACAACUACAAGCGCGGAAACAACAACCUUGUCGCAAAGUACAACUCAGCCAACCACUACAGGUGCGCAAACAACAACCUUGUCGCAAAGUACAACUCAGCCAACAACUACAAGUGCAAAAACAACAACCUUGUCGCAAAGUACAACUCAGCGAACCGCUACACGUAGGGAAACAACAAGCUUGUCGCAAAGUACAACUCAGCCAACCACUACAAAUGUGCAAACAACAACCUUGUCACAAAGUACAACUCAACCAACAACUACAGGUGCAAAAACAACAACUUUGUCGCAAAGUACAACACAGCCAACCACUACUGGUGCGAAAACAACAACCUUAUCGCAAAGUACAACCCAGCCAACCACUACACGUAGGGAAACAAUAACCUUGUUGCAAAGUACAACUCAGCCAACCACUACAAGUGCAAAAACAACAACCUUGUCACAAAGCACAGCUCAGCCAACCACUACAGGAGAGAAAACAACGACCUUGUCGCAAAGUACAAACCAGCCAACAACUACAAAUGAGAAAACAACAACCGUGUCGCAAAGUACAAAUCAGCCAACCACUACAAGUGCGCAAAUAACAACCUUGUCACAAAGCACAAACCAGCCACCCACUACAGGUAGAGAAACAACAACCUUGUCACAAAGCACAAACCAGCCAACCACUUCUGGUGCGAAAACAACAACCUUGUCGCAAAUCACAACACAGCCAACAACUACAGGUGCAAAAACAUCAACCUUGUCACAAAGUACAACUCAGCCAACCAUUGCAAGUGCGCAAACAACAACCUUGUCGCAAAGUACAACUCAGCCAACCAGUACAAUUGCGAAAACAACAAACUUGUCGCAAAUCACAACUCAGCCAACCUUUACAGGUAGGGAAACAACAACUUUGUCACAAAGUACAACUCAGCCAACCACUACAGGUGCAAAAACAACAACCUUGUCACAAAGCACAGCUCAGCCAACCACUACAGGAGAGAAAACAACGACCUUGUCGCAAAGUACAAACCAGCCAACAACUACAAAUGAGAAAACAACAACCUUGUCGCAAAGUACAAAUCAGCCAACCACUACAAGUGCGCAAAUAACAACCUUGUCACAAAGCACAAACCAGCCAACCACUACAGGUAGAGAAACAACAACCUUGUCACAAAGCACAAACCAGCCAACCACUUCUGGUGCGAAAACAACAACCUUGUCGCAAAUCACAACACAGCCAACAACUACAGGUGCAAAAACAUCAACCUUGUCGCAAAGUACAACUCAGCCAACCACUACAGGUGCGGAAACAACAACCUUGUCGGAAAGCACAACUCAGCCAACAACUACAAGUGCGGAAACAACAACCUUGUCACAAAGUACAACUCAGCCAACCACUAAAGGUGCGGAAACAACAACCUUGUCGGAAAGCACAACUCAGCCAACAACUACAGGCGACUACAGUAGUGGCGACAACACCAACUGCAGCACAAACCACGACUCAGUCGACUACUGUAGAUGUGGCAACACCAACAGCAGCACAAACCACGCCUCAGUCGACGACUACAGUAGAUGUGACAACACCAACUGCAGCAGAAAUCACGCCUCAGUCGUCUACUACAGUAGUUGUGACAACACCAACUGCAGCACAAACCACGCCUCAGUCGACUACUACAGUAGAUGUGACAACAACAACUGCAGCACAAACCACGCCUCAGCCGACUACUACAGUAGAUGUGACAACACCAACUGCAGACAAAACCACGACUCAGUCGACUACUACAGUAGAUGUGCCAACACCAACUGCAGCCCAAACCACGCCUCAGUCGACUACUACAGUAGAUGUGACAACACCAACUGCAGCCAAAACCACGACUCAGUCGACUACUGUAGAUGUGACAACACUAACUGCAGCCAAAACCACGCCUCAGUCGACUACUACAGUAGAUGUGACAACACCAACUGCAGCCAAAACCACGACUCAGUCGACUACUACAGUAGAGGUGACAACACCAACUGCAGCCCAAACCACGACUCAGUCGACUACUACAGUAGAUGUGACAACACUAACUGCAGCCCUACCCACGCCUCAGUCGACAAUUACAGUAGAUGUGACAACACCAACUGCAGCCAAAAGCACGACUCAGUCGACUACUACAGUAGAUGUGACCACACCAACUGCAGCCCAAACCACGACUCAGUCGACUACUACAGUAGAUGUGACAACACUAACUGCAGACCAAACCACGACUCAGUCGACUACUGUAGAGGUGACUACACCAACUGCAGCCAAAAACACGCCUCAGUCGACUACUGUAGAUGUGACUACACCAACUGCAGCCAAAACCACGACUCAGUCGACUACACCAAAACCACGACUCAGUCGGCUACUGUAGAUGUGACUACACCAACUGCAGCCAAAACCACGACACAGUCGACUACAGUAGAUGUGACAACACCAACUGCAGCCAAAACCACGCCUCAGUCGACUACUACAGUAGAUGUGACAACACCAACUGCAGACCAAACCACGACUCAGUCGACUACUACAAUAGAUGUGACAACACCAACUGCAGACCAAACCAUGACUCAGUCGACAACAGUAGUUGCGACAACACCAACUGCAGCCCUAACCACGCCUCAGUCGACUACUACAGUAGAUGUGCCAACACCAACUGCAGCCAAAACCACGCCUCAGUCGACUACUACAGUAGAUGUGACAACACCAACUGCAGACCAAACCACGACUCAGUCGACUACAGUAGAUGUGACAACACCAACUGCAGACCAAACCACGACAAAGUCGACUACUACAGUAGAUGUGACAACACCAACUGCAGACCAAACCACGACUCAGCCGACAACAGUAGUUGCGACAACACCAACUGCAGACCAAACCACGCCUCAGUCGACUACAGUAGAUGUGACAACACCAACUGCAGCCCAAACCACGCCUCAGUCGACUACUACUGUAGAUGUGACAACACCAACUGCCGCCCAAACCACGCCUCAGUCG